AUGCAGAAGAAGGAGAUGGCUGCUUCCCGUAAGAGAGCGGAACACUUGGCUCGUACCCAGGGUGCAUUGCAAGAAUUCAACAAACUCAGGUUAGAACAGUCACUAACUGACAUAGUAGUAUGCAGUAAUGAUGUUCAAUUUCAUUGCCAUCAGGCCAUCUUAGCAGCAUGCAGCCCAGUGUUUGCCACUAGACUGUGCAAUGUUCCAGAAAACUCUGAUAGGCUAACACUGAAUGAAAUUGAUUCCUCAGUGCUUGGCCAAAUAAUUGACUUUAUCUAUAAUGGUAAGGUAACUGUUGAAGAUGGAGAUGUGAACAAGUUACUGGAAGCUGCCAAACAGAUGAGCAUUUCCCAACUUGAAUUAGCAUGCUUGUCUGGAUUGAAUUUACCAGCUCAUGAUGUACAGGACGAGUUAGAAAAUGAAAUCACACAACUUGAGAACAUUAUGGACAACACAACUAGUGGACAUUUCUGUGUCUAUCAGCCAACAUAUGCUACAGUGAUGAUGUCAAAUUUGAACAAAAUGAGGAGACAAAAAGAGUUCACUGAUGUCACGUUCUUGCUGGUUAAAUAUGCAUAUACUGGACAGAUCACUAUCUCGGAUGACAAUGUUGAAGAUCUCUUUGCAGCCACCAGUUUGUUUCAAAUCUUAGCAAUUCAGAAUACCUGCAUUUCUUACAUGGACAGCCAGUUAGAUGCUUCCAACUGCUUGGGAAUACAAGCAAUUAGUGAUGCUUUCUCCUGUCAGUCUCUCAGUAUCAAAGCAGGUACAUACUCACUGGAGAACUAUAAUGAGGUCUGCCAACAGGAAGAGUUCCUGACACUGACAAAAGACCGAGUAGUUGAACUGAUAGAAAAAGAUCUCUGCGUGCAGCGAGAAGAACAAGUUUAUGAGAGCAUUAUUCGUUGGGUGAACUAUGACCUCAACUCCAGAAAAGAAGAUUUCCAAGAAUUGUUUAAGCAUAUCAGAUUAGAGUAUGUAUCAAGCUCAUACCUGCAAAAGAAGAUCAUGGCAAGUACACUGGUCUUGGAAUCACUUGAAUGCUCAAAUAGGAUUACACAGUUUUUAGAAGGAGCACUGUCAUCUAUGCCAGAAAGGCAAUACAGUGAAAUUCUGGUUAAUGUUCAUGGAUACAAUUACAAAGGUUGUCAAGGUGUGGAAUUAGUGCCUAAAAUACAGUGUUAUGAUCCUCGUAUGGAUGAAUGGUUUGAGUUACCGUCUUUUGUUAUGGAGAAAGGAGACAAGGUUGCAUCCGCAUGUAAUCUUAAAGAUGAUAUCUUCAUACUUACAAAGCAUGGCAAGACUUGGUUGUUCAAAUCAAGCAAACAGGAGUGGGUGCUAUGUAGUUGUCUGUUCACAACACGACGCAACCACCAGACAGUGGGGCUAGACGGUAAAGUCUAUGUUCUAGGCGGUCAAGAUGGUGCCAAUUGGUGUACUAAUGUGAAUUUCUAUGAUCCUGUCACAGAUACUUGGACAAAUAAGUCUGAUAUGCUUGGAACAAGAUGCAUUGCUGCCACCACCUAUGAGGGUAAAAUCUAUGCUGUGACAGGUCGCUACAACAGUCUGGAAUGUUAUAACCCCAUUACAGAUAGCUGGAGUGUUAUUGCUACCAUGCCUGAACCUGAAAGUGCUCAAGCAGUUGCAUUAAAUGGACAGAUAUACAUUCUAAUGCAUGGAAGUAAUUUUAUUUGCUAUAGUCUAAAGGAGAAUGCCUCAAAGUACGUGGGGAGGAUCGUUCCAAUACAGAAGUCGCGUCGUUAUGCAUGCCGUCUGGCGGUGUGCAAUGGUAAAAUCUACGUAACUGGUGGUUGUGAUAAAAAAUAUCAGAAUGUUGGUACAGUAGAUAUGUACAACUUUAACUCAACUAAAUGGGACAUGGUUGGCACAAUGCCUUAUGCAACUUGGGGGCACUGCUGUCUUUCAAUUCAUAGGUAUCCAUUAAGAAGUUAG